GGCGCAUUGGCUGCCACUUGCUAUCCUGAUGCAGAUGCUUUCCAUCUCCGCGUCUGCUCGGACGUUUUUAACUGGAUGUACAUUAUGGACGACAGGAUCGAGUAUGGAGUCAUCGAUGCACGGGAAGCGCAUGAAUCCUGUAUUCUUGCACUCCACGAUCCCAUCAAUUUUGACACGGAACAGCUUGGUGGAAAAAUGUGCAAAUCGUUUUUCAGUUGCUUUAGGAAGACUGCUGGCCCUGGCUGCACAGAACGGUUUAUCCACAGAUGUGAAUCGGCCUUCGUUGCUGCGGUUAAGCAGGUAGAUGACCGUGCCAAAAGACACAUGUAUGAUCUGGUAUCUUAUAUCGCCAUGAGGAGAGAUGUAAGCGGGACGAAGGUUGCCUUUACCGUCAUCGAAUUCGUAGCUCGGAUUGAUCUUUCUGACGAAGUUAUGUUGCAUCCAGUUAUCAUGGCCUUGGAGGAUGCGGCCAACGAUUACAUUGCUUGGUCCAACGAUAUUUUGUCAUACAACAAGGAGCAAUCUCGUGGUGACGCACACUGGCAUAACAUAGUUGCUGUGCUCAUGCACGAUCGAGGACUAGACCUGCAAGGCGCCAUCGACUAUACUGGCCAAUUGUGCAAAGAUGUCAUCCAGCGCUUGUGCACGCCACCGAGGAGAACAACUGUUCCUUCAAGUUGGAAGUAUUGCACAGACCGCCCCGUCGACAAUCUUGAACUCACGGUAUCUAUUAGUUCAGCCUGA